UCCAUUAUUGGGUAUUGGUGAAGCGAAGAAUAAUGGGGAGAGAUGUGGAAGCAUAUUCAACUUGCUUCCUUCUCAUUGCUUUGCUUUUUUCAGCACUUCUUGCCUCCUAUCAUCUCCUUCCAUUUCACUCCUGGCAAUGGUAUUCCAUAGCGAAUUGGGGCCACGCGACAACGGUUGUUCAGACAGUAGAGGAUACAGAGCCGCUUGAAUUUGCCUUGGCAAGACUAGUGAGAGGAGACGAUCUUACCCAACUCAAAAAAAGUGGAUUUUCGUGCCAUUCAGAUUUCCAUUCCAAAGUUUGUUUGACACAAAACCCAGUUCGGAUGAACAACACCGCCCUUCAAAUCUACAUCUCAACCAAUCAAACUCAACAAAAUUUCUCUCAAAUGUCGAUUCAUCCAUACGCAAGACAAGAGGAUAAGAUCACACUACGAGAUGUCACUCCAAUUCAAAUAAUCCAACAAAACAAAACCCUUUUACCUGUUUGUCAAUUCCUCCACAAUCAUCCUGUCCUCAUCUUCUCCACCGGCGGCUUCACCGGAAACCUUUUCCACGAGUUCGAUGAGACCAUUAUUCCUCUGUUCAUCACUUCCUACCACUUUCGAACUCGCCUUCAGUUUCUCAUUACCGAUUACAAACCUUGGUGGGUCCGAAAGUACAACCGAAUUCUCUCGCAGUUGUCCCGCUUCGAUGUUAUAAAUCCAGAGAAAGACGGAAGUGUCCACUGCUUCACUGGAGCUGUCAUAGGAUUGAAAUUUCACGACAUUUUAUCGUUGAAUUACACCGACAUUCCAGGAGGUUAUUCCAUGUCGGACUUUCGGAGUUUCCUAAGGCAAACAUACAAUUUACAAGUGAAGAACGUGAGGGAAUUGAGAGGUGGAAAGCCGGUGGUAAUGCUGAUAUCUCGUCAAAAGUCGAGGAGAUUUCUGAAUGAAUGGGAAAUGAUUGACAUGAUGAAGGAACUUGGGUUUGAAGUAAUCACGACAACGCCGCAAAGAAUGUCGAAUUUGGACAAGUUUUCGAGGGUUGUAAACUCGUGUAGCGUGAUGGUUGGAGCACAUGGGGCUGGACUGACGAACGAGCUGUUUUUGGCGGCGGGUGCGGUGGUGGUGCAGGUGGUGCCGUUAGGGCUCGACUGGCCUUCCACGUUUUUGUUUGGAAAUCCAGCGGCUGACAUGGAGCUUCGGUAUUUGGAGUACAAGAUGGAGGCGGAGGAGAGUUCUUUAUGGGGUACGUAUGGGGAAAAUCACCCUGUUAUUAGAGAUCCUGAGUCGAUCUUUGCCAAGGGUUACUUUGCGAGUAGAGCGAUCUAUAUAGAUGAGCAGAAUUUGAAGAUAAAUUUGACCAGGUUUCGGGACACUAUGAUUCAAGUGAAGAAUCUUUUACGAUAAAAAAAAAAACAUCUUAACCUAUAAAAAAAAAGUCUAUGAUAAG